AUGGAUGAUCCUCGAUAUGAUCCCCGUAUGCUGGCCAAGUAUGGAUUUGAUCCUGAACAAGAUAGGCGUCACAGGCAACUGCUGAUCAAGGAGCUGACGAAGGUGCGCCAGGAUGCCCGGGAGAAGACGGAAUUCGAUGAUUUGCCCCUGAAGGAAUUGCGCGAUAACUACCACCGUCUGUAUGCUGAGGCAUGUAAAGAUAUGGAGAAGAUACGAGAUCCCACUUAUUUGGAGUUACUUCAAUAUAUAAAGGGUCAUCUCCACCCUGAUGAGUUCAAGUCGAUCCGCAUCGAGGUGUAUGCAGCUUGCAACAAGAUCUCCAUGCAGCAGGUUUUCAGUGGACAAGAUAGCUCACCUGGUGGUGCUGCAUGAGCCUUCGUCCUAA